CGUUUCAUGUGUCUUGAUUUCUUGGUCUCCUUGCUUUCGGGAACUUCGGGGCGCGCAACGAUGUUUUUGUUUUACUUACUUUCAAAAAAUGACCUGAGUACUGUCGAUAAACUGCUAAUUUCUGCUAACUUGGUUUACCAAAACACAGCAAGCAAAAAAAUACGCAAAACAGAAAACGAAAAAACAGUUCUCAACAAGCGGAAUUGUCCCCUUGUUGACGAUAUCCGCUCAGCAUGGAACACAACACUUUUGAUCCGUUCGACUUCCUCGAACAGAACCCUAUUGACCCUGUCAACUUUAUUGACUCAUACACUACACCGCUCACCUUCGACCAAACAACAAACCAUUUUGAGAACUACCGGGUCUCAGAUGACCUAUUAUACACCAAUGAUUUCUCCCUAUGGGGUAACCAGAUGGACAGAAAUUUGGGCAUGUCUUUACAGAGAGACUGUUCACCUUGCGAACCUUACUCAAGUUCAAACUUCAUGACCUAUGACGAUUUUACCAGUGACUCCAUGUCAUUGAUCGACAUGGAACGAUUAAUAUCUACAUCGCCUGGACUUCAGUCCUCGCCAGCUAUAUCACAGCAACAACCUUCUGUGAGCAGUGCUAGUCUUUCAGACUCGUCGCCAUCUAGGAGUGACCAAACUGCAAUCUCUCCAGAAGAAUCGCCGAGACAGUCUCUGGGUGCCUCUUCCUCUGACGUGGAGUGGACUUGCAGACACUGUGCCCGAAGCUUUACCAAGAAAUACCUUCGAACGAAACAUGAACAAGUGCAUACAAAGCCAAUCCUCUGCCCACUAGCACCAAGAUGCCAACAUCGCACGGCCAUGAAACGAGAUAUGAGACGACACGUAGCUGUCCAUCACGCUGGAGACAACGCUGUGAGUUCUCCAGUGUCAGCGCAGAGUUUCACGUGUGAUGUAAGUGGAUGCCGAUAUGAGCAUACCGGGUUUAAGAGGAAGGAUCACUUGACGAGACAUAUUAGGAAGGUCCAUGCAAGAUUGGUACCUUGAGGCUUCGGGCAGCUUCUUUCAUUUGUACUGGGAAGGGUUCGGGCUGGCGUUGA